AUGGAUCGGGUGGUGCCUAGGGUUCACGUCAACAAGGGCAUGCGCAGGGGACACUUGCUGGCGAGCAACCCAUCCAUCGACACCCUUGUUGACCAGCGCCACCCCAUGAACGGCGACCAGGAACCCCCAGCUGGAGCUCCACCACAUCCCAAGCCUGUCGCGGCUCACACCCCUCCAUUUCCAAGCUUCAGCACCGCUGUCCAGGCGCAGGCUACCCUUGCUGCCAUCUCAAUCGCUCUGCACGGCAACUAA